AUGGCGCCGCGGAAGGGCCAGAGGGGCGCCGGGGAGGGAGGGCCGCGCCGGGGAGGGCGCCGGCCUCUCGCGGAAGGGCCUUCCGAGGGGGCCGGGCGGGCGGGCGGGCGGCCCAGGUGCAGGAGCCCCGCCAAGUCCCCGGGAGACGGCCCACUGCGGGGCCCCCUUCCCGGCAGGGAUCCGGGCGAGCGGCCGCGGCGCUCCUGGGAGAGGCGAACGGAGGCGCCGGUUUCCCGCCGCCUGAAGGGAGCGGAGCGAGUCCGCCCGGCCCGCGGCCAGCCCUGCGCGCAGCAGCCGCUCCGCGGGAGCGCCUUCCUCGGCCCGCCCUCCCGGCCCGUCCCGGCGGCUUUUCCGCCGGGCGCGUCGCUGGGGGCCGCCGCCCGGGGCGGGUCUCUGGCCAGCGGGAGAUGCGGCGCAAGCAGCGCCCACCGCCCCAGGCAGCCCCGGCGGAGCCCGUCCCGUCCCGCCGGUCCUGCCAAGCGGGCGCCGCUCGGGCCGCUGGAGGGCUUCCUUUGCAGGCCCGGCUGCGCGGAGGGGCUGCCCGGCAGGCAGCGCCGGGCCCUGGCCUUCCCGGGAAGCCGCCCGCGUCGCCCAGGCAGUGCCUCCUGCCGACCGCUGCGUUGGCCCGCCGCAUCGGGGCAGGUCAGGAGGCCGCAAGGAGCGGCGCGGCUGCCCUGCUCGCGGCGCGCCCUUCGGGCUCGGGAGGCCGCGGAGGGCUCCCUGCCAGCCUCGCGGCGCUUCGCUCUCAGUUCACCGGCAGAGACUAGGCUCGCGGUCCCGCCAUCCGUGUGGGUCUUUGCUCCGCAGACGGUAUUCGUGUUGCGCACUUGUGACACGUGUGCCACAUGUCACCCCAGGACCUCCUUUUGGUUUACCUGCAGCCUUGACACCUGGGCAACCUGCUGCCACUCUGGAGGCGGCAGUGGAGUUAUGAAGACAAAACAGUCUGAAACAGAAGCCCUGUGGCACCUGAACAACUAACUGGAUUUAUUCUGGCAUGGAUUUUUGUGAGUCGCAGCUCACAUCUUCUUGUACUCUGACUAAUGAACACUUGUGCUGGAAUGUAUGUAUGUAGGUAUGUACGUAUGUAUUUGCCUUUGCAUACCCCUCCAAUAUAUAUAUAUUUGCAUAGCUGUAAUUUUAAUGAUAAUAUAUAGUAAUUUUAUAAUUUUAAUGACAUUUAUGUAUGUUUAAAUUGUGUUGUUAUCCGCCUUGAGUCCGCUGGUGUGGGGAGGGCGGAGUAUAAAUCCAAGAAAUUAAAGUUUGUAAGGUGCUGAUGGACUGUUUUGUUACCAUAGACCAACACCGUUCCUCUUCUGAAACAAACAUAUAACUGACCAUCCACAGGAUAAAAACACAGCCAGAUCUGCCCAAAUUGCUUACGUUCCACCAAUGCCCCCUCUCUGGCUAUCCAUUCUAGAGGACAGCACGAAC